AUGACUUUAAUUUUAAAACACGAACAAGAAAGAUUUAAUGGAGAUGGUUUCAUCUCAGCACUAACUUCUCUAUUUCCAAAAGUAGCUAGCUUUGUUGCAAACAACAAAUCACUUAUUUCAUCUGAAGCCCAGGCUAUUGGUUCUAUCGCAAAAUCAGAAAUAUACAAAAAUCAUUAUGCUCUCUUCUUGGUUUUCCAUGGGCAAAAUAUCCUGGAGAAAAACAUCUGUCGGGAACUAGAAACCAUUAAACACCCUGGGGAAUUUGAUACAACGCGGAAAACAGUUUUAUAUCCUAAAGACUUCGAUUCAGUUUCAAGCUGGAUACCCGAUCUUGGCGAUGGAAGUGUUUUAAAAGAACCGGUAAGAAAUGUUGCAAAUGAUGCAGAUCAAGCUAGAAUGAGACUUAUUGAUCGUAACACAAUAGAAAGAGUAGGACGAGCAGCUAAUCAUGGAUUCGAAAAACGAGUACUUCAGUACAACAAUACCGUUGAUAGUAAUAGUUGGGGUAGUUACGUUGUUGAAGAUGUUGAAAUAGCUUUUCUUCGUCGUAACACGGUAUUAAGCGUGACUUUAACUGGAGAAUCCACUACUUGGCCAAUCACCAACACUAUUAAACCAGCAAGAUAUUUAAUGGUUGGUUUCGAGAACUUACCAGACUCUCAGACCAAUAACAAUAAUGUCUUCAGAGUGGCAAUGAACCAAAAUCAAGAUCCUAUAAUCCAUAAAGUUCAAGUAAGAUAA